AUGUUCUUAUAUGCGACGAUACUGCCAUAUCUCACCCUAGGAUUGUUAGGUAAUUGCAUGUUCCAUUAUCAUUCAUUUGACAGUUGCAUCCGUAAGUUAAAACGUCGCUGCGCGAUCUUUUACGGAUCGUGAUAUGUACCAUUUUCUUUCGCCGAAUGCAUUUCGAACUGUUACUAAAAUCUCAUGCGCUCUCACGACCAAUAUUAUAUGCUCUAUGUUUAUAAACGUGCUUCAUUAUCCUAUAUGUAUUCGAUUAAAUAAUGAGUAUUUCAAUUCAGAUUUUUAUUUUUUUUUUCGUUCUCUAUUACGAUCACUGACAGAAGGUUUUUGAUCAAAUGCAAUAACACGAAAUUAAUUUUUGAAGUAUGAAAUAUAAGUUGUUCAAAUAUAAUAUAAUAACAUAAAUCUUUGUUUGUUAUCGAAAAGAGAAAAGGAAGAAAAUCGAAUCUUUUUGUUAGCCAUUGUACAUUAAACAUACAAAUAGUCGUAAUUAAUAUUAUUUAUAUGGUUUUGCAACUGUCAAUUUUCUUAUUAUUAUAUAAAUCCUUUUCGAUGCUAAAUAUGUAAUUAAAAAAAUCUUUAAUUUUUAGGAGUUACAUUAGGACACGAUGUUAAAGGUUCGUCAGUUUGUGAAUUUUAUAAUGAAACGAUGUGUGCAGAAUCCCAGCAAGGAUGCUCGGGAAGAGAAGAAUGUGGGCAACAUGAUCCAGGAAAGAGAAAUCACUGUUAUGUACUGUGGCAGAUUGACAAUGUUACUAAGAAAUCUAUAAUUAAAUUAAAGGGAUGCUUUCUGGACAGCAAUGAUUGCUAUGACAAGCCACAUUGUAUUGAAAACAGUGCAGAAAGGAAAAAGGAAUUAUUUUUCUGUUGUUGCGAUGGUAAUAUGUGCAAUCAGAAUUUCACAUGGGAGCCUCACCCAACUUCUUCUUCUAAACCUGUUCAAACUUCUGUCUUUCAUGAACCAGAACCUGUUCCGAAUACAGAGCAACAAAUAAUAACACUUGUUUUGUCAAUAUCGAUACCUAUGCUCUUACUUGCUAUUAUAUUGCCAUUCUUAUAUUGGUGUUACCGACGUCGGAAGUCGGGAUAUUUCAACGAGGUUUGGAAGGCAUAUGUACCAACACUAGAACCUUUGCCAUUACCGCAACCUUCUCCUAAUUUGGGUUUGCGCCCGAUACAAUUGCUUGAAAUAAAAGCUCGUGGUCGUUUUGGAGCUGUAUGGAAAGCUCAGUUGAAAAAUGAGAUUGUUGCUGUUAAAGUAUUUCCAAUACAAGAUAAACAAUCCUGGCAAACUGAACAAGAAAUUUUCAAACUUGCUCACAUGGAUCAUGAAGAUAUCUUACGUUUCAUAGGCGUUGAAAAGAGGGGUGAUAAUUUACAAGCUGAAUUCUGGUUGAUCACUGCAUACCAUGAGAAAGGUUCAUUGUGUGAUUAUUUGAAGGCAAAUGUUGUUACAUGGCCUGAGAUGUGUAGAAUAGCAGAAUCUAUGGCAAGGGGCCUGAUGCACUUACAUGAAGAAAUUCCAGCCAAUAAAGCAGAUGGAUAUAAACCUGCUGUGGCUCAUAGAGAUUUUAAGUCAAAAAAUGUUUUGCUUAAAGCUGAUAUGAGUGCUUGUAUAGCAGAUUUUGGUUUAGCACUAAUAUUUCAUCCUGGGAAACCUUGUGGAGAUACUCAUGGACAGGUUGGAACAAGAAGAUAUAUGGCUCCAGAAGUUUUAGAAGGAGCAAUUAAUUUCACAAGAGAUUCAUUUUUACGAAUCGACAUGUACGCCUGUGGUUUGGUGCUCUGGGAAUUAGCUUCGCGAUGCACAGUGCAAGAUGGACCAAUUGGGGAAUAUAGAUUACCAUUUGAGGAUGAAGUAGGUCUUCAUCCCACUUUGGAAGAUAUGCAAGAAAGUGUUGUGCAUAAAAAAGAAAGGCCAAUCAUUUUAGAAACAUGGCGUAAACAUCCCGGACUACAAUCAAUAUGUGAUACAAUGGAAGAGUGCUGGGAUCAUGAUGCUGAAGCACGUCUUUCAGCUUCUUGUGUAAUGGAAAGAGUUGCUACAUUGAGUAGGACGCUUGUUUUAAAUUCAUCGACGUUAAUACGAGUUGAUAAUACCAACGAGACUAUUACCACUAAGGAGUCUAGUAUGUAGUUAAUCUACAUGUAUUAUAGCUUUAGUUAAAUUGCACAACCAUUUUCUGUACCAUAAUUUUAUGCAUACAUCAAUGAGGAAUGUUAAAAUAUUGCAUGCUAUUUUAUAAUGAUUGUUUUUCACUUUUUUUUUUUAUCUGUAAAAGCCUUAUAAUAUAAAUCAUGAUGUAAAUGAUAUAAAUUAUCGCGAAUAAAAUUGUUUCUGUUAAUGAAAUUGACAGUAAAAAGUAGAAAUAUUUUUACGAAGAUAAAUUAUUUUAAAAGCUGUAACAUUUAUUGUCAUGAUGUUAUUUAUCUCGUUGAUAUUUAUCUCUGAAUUAUUUGUAUAUAAAUCAUUUGUAUUAAAAUUAAAUUUUAUAAUUAAUAUAGUUUUUAUAAAAAUUUGGAAUAUUAAAUAAUAUGAAUAGAUCGACCAUUCAUAUUGAAUUAAUUCUUUACUUAUAUUGUCAUAUAGAUUUAAAAUCUAUAAUGAAAAACAGUUUUAUUCUUAAAUUUCACUUAUAAAUCUCAGUUAAAUGAAAACUGCAAUGCAAUUAAAGAUAUUUCUUUAUAAAUACAGUAUUAAUGACAAACAUAAAUAUUGAGAUUCUUAUUCUUCAUUUUUUCUAGAAAUAAGUUUCAGUUUAUUGUGUCAAAUAAAAUGCAUUUUACUAAUAUUCUGCAAUUUAUUUCAUAUAGAGCAAUUGUAUUCCUCAUUGAUGUUAUUGAUCACGCAGUAAUUGAUCAGAGAUAACAAAAUGAGUUAAAUACUCGCCAAGUGGAUAUUCAAUGAAUAAUUUUUAUCUGUAAAGUCUUAUCAUAUGUGAAUUGUUACAAAGAUAACUCAAUUUUAUACAAAGUACCUGGUAGAAACAGUCAAGUUAACUGACUGAGCCAUGAGGAAUUUAUUAGGACUUUUGCACGAAAUAAAUGAACUUCUUUGAUUAUUUUGCAUUUUAAAACGUGUAAUAUCUAAGGUGACUGAUUUAUUUCGCAAAAUAAGAUUUUUUCCAUGACCUCUUUUUAAUUUUAAACAUUAUAUAAUAUGAAAAGUGAAGAUGAAUAUAUUGAAAAUACAUUGCAUAAAUAUAUAUAAUAAUAUUUAUUUUAAUCUAAAUUUUAUUUAUCAAAUUGAAUAAUUUUCUUAUUAAUUCGAAGUACAUAAAAUGUACAUUAUAAAAAUAUAUUGAACAAUCAAAAUUAAUACAAUAUAUUGUUCAUGGAUUAAAUUUUAUUAAGCCAAGUAAAAGUCUUCCUUAUGUAUUUUACUUUUAACUAUAAUGAUUUCAUUAUAGCAGCACACAGUUUUCUCAAGGAAAGUGAUUCUCUAAUUAUUACAUACAUGACCCAGCUUUGAAGUAAGUCUUGCAUCCAGUACAUUCACGGUGGAUAUGUAAGAGAGGUUUUAAAUACAUAAUUAUUAUGUAUUAUUUAUGCUGAAAAUAGUAAAUGAAACGGAGCAUCUUGCUUAGACCAAUUUAUUACGAUACAUAUAAUUUUCUAUGAUAUAUAUUGUUUAGUUAAAGAAUAUUUUCAAUGAAUAUUCAAUAUUUUAGGUAAUAUUGCUUUUUAUAUUAUAAUUUCUUCCAAUUUUAUUGAAGAUAUAAUGUGACUGUGUACAACAAAGUUGCACAAUUUUUAAACUUUUAUUCUUUCUAUAAUGAUGAACUACAAUAUAAAACUACUUUUUAGAAAAUAAUGGUUAUUCAAGAUGCACGUUUCGAAUGGUUCAUUUAUUUAAAUAAUGAUUUGAAUAUUCUAAACAAAUGGUUUCUUUUACUUGCUCUGAAUUGUUUUAAUUAAAAUGAAAUAAAGUUGCAUUACAAAUCAAAUCUAUGCUAUAAUAAUCUUUUAUUUUGUGAAUAGUCAAAUCCUUGGGCUUAAUGAAAGUUGAUGCAAUCAAGAUCGCAUUAUACAAGCUGUGA